UGCAGGUUGGUCACUUCAGGUCUACACACAUGCUUGGAUGAGUCGACUUCAGUGACUGCGGAUACCAUUCUUAGUCUUCCAUGGGCAUUGCUGAUUAUUCAUUGUAUUUCGAUUGGAUGCUGAGAAGGUGCUGCUGGCUUUCUUCUUGAGAUCUACUCCCGCAUAGCCUCCAGAUUUCUACAUUCCCUUAUUUAAGGGGCAAGGGGGACCUUCAUAUGUUUGUGGAUCUUCACUGAAUCUCCAAGAUGGAUAGACCGUGAAUUUCCCUUCCUUUCUUUGACUCUAUCCUUGCAGCCCAUGGCUGACUGAGUAGUGACUCUUUAGUACGUCACCUUCCAUUCCAAAUUCCAGACAACAACUACAGUGCCAACACAAUGCAGAGGCAAGUGGAGGUCAGAAUGCAUGAAAGCCAUUUGGAGCCCAUCGUGGAGCCUCCUCAGCCUAUGUGUUGGGGAAUAUGCAGCAAAAUCAUGAAUAACUUGGUCCUUUUCCUCACCAUCCUUGGUGUGAUCACAGGCUCUGUUUCUGGAAUACUACUGCGUCCCAUGUCGCCGCUCCCCCCUGAUGUGGUCAUGAUCAUCUCGUUCCCAGGAGACAUCCUGAUGAGGAUGCUGAAGAUGCUCAUCCUGCCCCUGAUCAUCUCCAGUCUCAUCACAGGUGGGAGACCAGAACCCUGCCAUCAUAU